CACCCCCACACCGCCCAGCCAUGACAUCCUACAGCCGAGUGGCGCUGGUCACUGGGGCCAACAGGGUCAUUGGCUUGGACACCGUGUGCAGCCUGUGCCAGAGUUUGGAGUUUUCUGGGGACGUGGUGCUCACGGUAUGGGACACAGCACAGGGUUAUGCGGCUGUGCAGCAGCUGCAGGUGGAGGGCCUGAGCCCGCGCUUCCACCUGCUGGACAUCUGCAACCGGCAGAGCAUCCAGGCCCUGGGGGACUUCCCGCUCAAGGAGUACGGGUGCCUCGACGUGCUGGUCAACAACGUGAGCAUCACCUUCAAGGAUGAUCGCACAAGCUUACAUUUUCAAGCAGAAAUGACAAUGAAAACCAACUUUUUUGGUACCCAAGAUGUCUGCCAGGAGCUGCUGCCUAUCGUGAGACCCCAAGGCAGAGUGGUGAAUCUCUCUAGCACACUGAGCUUGGUAGCUCUUAAACGCUGCAGCCCAGAACUGCAGCAGUUUACAAGUGAGACCAUCACAGAGGAGGAGCUGGUGGGGCUCAUGAACAAGUUUGUGGAAGAUACAAAGAAUGGAGUGCACUUGAAGGAGGGCUGGCCUUCUAUGAAAUUGGUUCCCUAUGCAUUGUCAAAGGUCGGCCUCACAGACCUGUCCAGAAUCCAGGCCUGGAAACUGAGUGAGCAGAGGACAGGGGACAAGAUACUCUUCAAUUCCUGCUGUCCCGGAUGGGUCAGAACUGACAGGGGACCCGAGGCCUUGAAAAGCCCAGAGGAAGGAGCAGAGACCCCCAUGCACUUGGCUCUUUCGCCAUCAAAAGCUGAAGGCCCUCAUGGAGAGUUUGUUUUGGAGAAGAAUGUUGUACAAUGGGAACCUGGUGUAGAGCUGCCUGCAUGGCUGCAAUUAUGUGGUGUGCUGUGAUUGACGAAAAGGACUUGAAUACUGUCAAAUAUAUUCCAGUUCAACAAACAAUAAGAAUGAUGGAGUACUUACUAUGAGUGGGAUAUGAAUUCUGUGAAGACUUUUGUAAUUUCAUCUAGGAUAGAAGGGGUCAAAAAGUGGCAAGAUGAUACUAAAGAAUGAACAUCAUAUAUGAGUAAAUGGUUCUUUACAAAUGUCUAUUUGUGCUGAUUGUUUACAUACCAACCAGCUCAGGGAGCUAAUGAUAUAAAGGUUAGUCCAAGGCAAGGGACCAGAUAACUCAGGGGUCAGCAAACAGUAUAGAAUGAGCCAGAUAGAAAUGACAUUCAGCUUUGCAGGCUACCUGGAACAGGCCUGCUGCCUACUUGACCAGCCUUGCGUAUUAUUACCUGCAGGAAGGAGGGAAUGCACAGCUGUGCUUUCUUUAACACCAAACUGUUUGAGACAAAAACUGUAGCAAAGUGUGAAUUCUCAGACAGCCUUUGUAAGAAAUAUACAUCCAUGAAGGAAUCUGAGAUAAUUUGGGGGAAUAUGAGCAUGAACUGGGUCCAACUUUCAUACUUAUUUUUCAUUAGACAUAUGCAAACCUAUUAGAAAGGAAAGUGAUGGCCCCUGAAGCAAGGGUAGGGCCCUGAUUUUUAAAAGGGAUGUUGACCUUGCAAGUUUCAGCCUCAAUAGAGCUGUGAAUUUCCUUCCCCUAGCUUGUUUGUCUAAACAGAUAUCACUGUAAAAUCAAUUUCUUUGUUAGGACCCCUGAAUCUCAGCUGCUGGUCAUUAAAUGUGUUCCAGUAUCAAAAAAAAUCACUUUUUCCUCUAGAGUUUAAAUAUAAUAGCUUAUUAUAUAUACCAUUUCUUAACUAUGACCUGAAACAGAAGCAAUAAACUUGACAUUUUGCAGAAUUAGGGAUUAUUGAAUCAUGAAAUGAAACCACCAAUCAUCAGUCUGGCACAGAGUUAGAGCUCAUACAUACCCCUCCCACCUGGGGCACACCUGGACUCCCACCAGGGCAUGAACCCUGCCCACAGUGAAAGUCUAAUCACAGGACCUAUUUUCUUAAACUCUCCUUCUUGGUUUUCUCUUAAGGAAGCACAGGGAUCAUUUUUGUCCACAGGAACAGUUAACCUAUUCAAGUAAUAUCAUUUCAUCUUAGGGAAGUCAAAUCCAUUCCACAGGGAGAUGGGCCCACAGCCAAGCCAAUGACUCUGGACUCCUCUUUCUCCUCUGAUCCAAUCCCAAAACACUUUCAGAUGAACUGCCUAGGAUCUACACCAUACACUGAGCCACUGCUAGCAGGUGUUGGUUUGGGAAAGCGUGCCUGUCCACCUCCCGACCCAGAUCAUAGAGUGCUGUGCCCAGGUUUGUCCAAGGUGCCUAACUGUGUAGAAGUCAGCCAA